AAUAGCAUUAUGGAAAAGGAGAAAAGGGGGGAAGAAAUGCCUGUGCCGGGGAGCACGGACAGCGUGAGAGUGGCAGUACGGGUGCGGCCUUUCAGCCAGAGAGAGAAGAACUCUGGAAGCCGCUGUGUGGUUUCCAUGCAUUCCCAAAGCACCACCAUCCGAGACCCUAAAAAUGGAGAGCAUUUGAAGACCUUCACCUUUGACCUGGCAUAUUGGUCUCACGACGGAUAUCAAAAGGACAAAGAUGGCAUCCUUAUUCCAUCUAAUCCAACUAGUAAAUUUGCAGGCCAGAUCCAUGUCUUCCAUGAUAUUGGAAGAGGAAUUCUAGACAGUGCCUGGCGAGGCUACAAUGCUACUCUCCUGGCCUAUGGCCAGACUGGCUCUGGAAAAAGCUACUCCAUGGUUGGCUUUGGCACAAACAAGGGUAUUAUUCCAAGAGUGUGUGAAGAGCUCUUCCAAGCUAUUAAGAUGCAAAGAGAAAACAUAGAACUCCAGGUCAUGUUUAGCAUGCUGGAAAUCUACAAUGAACAGAUAAGAGAUUUGCUAUCUAGAACCAAGACUCCCGGAGGGUUGAAAGUCAGGGAAGAUCCACAGCUGGGCUUUUUUGUGGAAGGUCUGAAGUGGGUGCCUUGUGAGAAUUACGCACAGAUUGAAAAGCUGAUGGAGCAAGGAUCAAAAAUCAGGAUGACAGCUUCGACCAACAUGAAUGCCAGCAGCAGCCGGUCCCACAUGGUCAUCACCAUCCAGUUCAAGCAGAUUUUCCUGGACACAGCCCUCACCAAGCAAUCCAGCAUCAACAUGGUGGACUUGGCAGGAAGUGAGAGGCAGAAAUCAUCAGGAGCUGAAGGAGACCGGCUGAGGGAAGGAUCGAGGGUCAAUUUAAGCCUAACCAGUUUAGGAAACGUCAUCAGUGCUCUGGCUGACUCCGCCAUGGGGAAGAAAGUUCUGCACAUUCCCUACAGAGAUUCUGUUCUGACCAAACUGCUCCAGUCGGCUCUGGGCGGGAACAGCCGGACAACACUGAUUGCCGCCAUAAGCCCAGCUGAUAUCUGCUAUGAGGAGACCUUGUCGACGCUGAGAUACGCCGAGAGGGCUAAAAAGGUUCAGAACAAAGCUGUGGUCAACACCUGCAUGCUGGGGAGAGCAUCCAGGGCGGAGAACAAGUUCCUGCUCGGAUUCGGGGGCACCGGAGCGGCAGAACACUCAGCUGGUUUCCUGGCAGAAUGGCAGCUGGGGAUUCGGGGAACCUGGGCCCACCUGCUGGAGCAGGCCCGGAAGGAAUGGGAGGAGCAGUACGUGGCUCUCACGAAGGAGCAGCAGAUGAUGAAGGCUCUCCCACACCUUCUCAAUGUCAACGAGGACCCGCAGCUCACAGGGGUCCUCAAGUUCUUCAUUCACAAAGGUUCCUGUGAUGUUGGUCGGGCAGCUUCAAAUGCUAUUCGUCUUCAAGGCCUGGGGAUUUCAGAUAAACAUGCUUCCUUCGUGAACCUGGAUGGUAAAGUGACAGUCGCUCCACACGGCAAGUGCAAGGUUGUUGUUAAUGGGGUACCUGUCACCAACAGGACAAAGCUGCAGCAUCUGGACCGCAUCAUCUUGGGAUCCAACAGUGCCUUCCUCUACAUCGGGUUUCCCUCCGAGCGAGGUGGUGAAGAUUGGAGCAGAUUCGACUACGACUUUUUCCAGCUGGAGCGGGCAGCCGCUGAGGGAGUGAGUGUGGACAUGCUUGGUACUGGGAGCCCUGGAGAUGGCCAAGCCGAGCCCAGUGUCUUAGCUGUGUUCCAGGACUACAUCAAACUCAUGCCGCUGGUUGUGGAAGCAAACCAGAUGAGUGAGGAGCUAGAGAAGGGGCUUAAAAUGGAAUUGAAGGUGAAGAAUUUGGCAUCGUCAGAUUCCAGGGGCUACGACCUCCAGAAAGAGGUCAUGGUGAAGGUGACCAAGCCGAGGACUCACGAGGUAUGGAUUUGGUCAAAGGCCAAGUUUAUCAAUCGGAAAUUCCUGAUGGAGGAACUUUAUCAGCGCUUUCUAGAGAGGGAAGCCAGCCAGGUGGCUCAGGAAGACGACCCUUUCUGGGACCCUGUGGAGGUUGUCCACUUGGGCUCGGCACACAUCUGGCUGCAGUCCCUGGCUUACUGCAUGAUGCUGGAGGAGCAGGUGGAGGUUCUGAACUGUGACGGGCUGCAGGAGUCAGUGCUGCACAUCCGCAUCACACCCUGCUCCCCAGAGGGAUGGGCACACAGUGAAGAGGACAUGGUUAUUGACCCACUGGAGCUACUGGGCAAGAGGAUUGACUUCCAGAUUCACAUCGUCGGGUGUCUUGGUGUCAAAUGGCUAAAGGAAGAUGCAAACCGGGGCAUUCAGAUGGGGUACAAAAUUUAUGAUCUCCCAAACACUCUGUAUACCAAGCCUGUGUGGACAAAAAGUGUGAAUCCCCGAAUUGAAGAGACAGUCCACAUCGUAGCCUUGAGCGCAUCUCGAGAGUUUCUGGAUUACUUACUGACGAAUGCGCUUAUCGUUGAUUUGUGGGGCCUCCAAGAAGGCUGUGCCGAGUUAGGCGUCUCUCAACUGGACAUCCUGCUCCCAGGUGAAGGCCACGUCAUGGUAGAUACCAAGAAAUUGUCCAGUGUGAAGAAUGUGAACCAGAUCAUGUCAAACCAGGUGCCAGAAAUUUAUCAGACGCUGCUCAAGUUAGAGCAGGAGACCGAGCUGCUCAGAGAUGUUAACAGAGCCCUCAGAGAAGAAAACGUGUCUCUCAAGGCAUCACUGGAAAAAACUGGUUCUGCUCAACAGGCCCAGAGGCCAGAUGAUUCAAAGAGAGCUGGGGUGAGGGCACAGCUGCCUGCAGCCAGAGAGGCUACACAAAUGUGUGCUCAGCAAGCCAGCUGUGACGCACAGCUGGCCAGAGCUCUGAAGGUGUUCUAUCAAGGCAUGAGCGUGGCCAGAGGACAGCUCCUCAGACUGAGGCAGUGCAGGCCUCCGGAAGAUGAUGAAAUGCUUCGACCUUUUGUGCACCAACAGUCACUGAUGCUCAAAGAUUUGGAAGACCUACUUGAAUCCAGCUUACAGAAGCUGAAAAAUGAUGUUGCUGUCAUAGUGAAGAAGAAGAAAGAGUAUCUACUGCAUACCCAACAGUGAAGAUGAGCAAGCUGAAAACAUGCUCUGACUCACAUAACUGCGUCUACCAUUUUAGGUAAGAUGCCUCCACUUGCCUCUUUUCUGACAAGGCCUUGUUAUGUGGACCAAACUGGCCUUAUCUUGCCUCUGUAUCCCUAGACCCACACUGAGCCUUAAAUGGAUUUAAAAAUCUAUAAAAAAAAAUUAACAUGUAUACAGGAUGGUGAGGGGAGAUGUCUGUGGUGAAGGUUCAGAACCUGGAGCUCUGGAUUUGAUUGCUCACAGUUCAAUCCUGGCUAAAUCUAUCACUUCUACAUUGUACAGUGUGGGACAACUCACUGACCUCGCUUUACUCAUCAGUUAUCUGGGAUGGUUAAUGCUUACCACCUUUCUGGCAGAAUGCCUGGCAGAGAGCAUGCUCAGUAAGCAUUACCAUCAAUGCUUUCCUGGGAAAUAAUUCACAUUCCUUUCCUUUUUCCUUUUUAAAAAAGAACAAUUUUAUUGUGUGUGUAUGUAUGUCUGUAUCUCUGUACAUGUGUGUGGUACCUUUUUAGGCCAGAAGAGGGAGUUGGAUCAUCUGGAGCUAGAACUAGCAGCAGCCAUCAACCCCACCUUGGUUGCUGGGCACUGAUCUUGGGUCCUCUGGGAGACCAGCACAUGCUUUUAAGCACUGAGUCAUUUCUCCUGUCUGUUUACUUUUUAUUUUUUGAGACAGAGUCUCACUCUUAACCCAGGCUGCCCUCCAACUCUUAGUGGUCCUUCUGCUAUGACCGCAGGUGUGAGCCAACAUGCCUGGCUUUUCCAUUCCACACUGUAAAUAACACCUGCCUGAUUAGUUGAUUUUGUUUCUUUUUGUUGUCAGAAAUAGACAAUAGUUAGUUCACAUUUUUUAUUUUGUACUCUUGCUCUUGAACAAGUCCACCCACCCACGAGUUUUCCCCUACUCGUUUUCUAUUCAUAUGCUUAUUUGAAAUACAUUCAAUUGGCUCAGCUGCAGUAGUGUUGUACUGUAGGAUCUCUGUGGUGCAGAGCUGAAUGUUAGCCAACUCCUUUCAGUAGACAGUCCAUCCUGCAGUGGAUAUUGAUCCCACAAAUGGUUGGUGAGUCUCAGAGACUGACAGACACUAAUACUCUAGGAAGAGUCUAUAAGAAAAUCUUUUAUGGCCAGGGAAACAUCUGGUAACAAAGCCACAAAAAUAGUGACCCUUAGGGCUGGAGAGGUGGCUCAGAGGUUUAGAACACUGGCUGCUCUUCCAAAAGACGCAGGUUCAAUUCCCAGCACCCACAUAGCAGCUCACAACUGUCUGUAACUCAAGUUAUAGGAGAUCCAACAACUUUACACAGACAUACAUACAGGCAAAACACCAAAGCACAUAAAAUUUUUAAAAGUUUAAAAAAAAUAAUAGUGAAGGUUAACACACAUUUACCAGGUGCCAGACUGUAAUCUUAAUUCCAAACAUUUGUUAACUUGUUCAAGUCUCAUGAUAAUUUAUCACUUAAUGUAUGCAGUACUUCCACAAAGAUUCCUCAAAACAACAAAACCAGAAGUAUCUUAUGAUCAAGCAAUCCCAUUACUGUGUGUAUAUUCAAAAGAACUGAAAUCAACAUGUUGAAAGCUAGCCAUAUUCCAUGUCCACUGCAGCAAUAUUCUCAAGCUGAGGUAAGGCUUAAGUGUCCAUCUAUGCAUGGCCAGCUUUUUAAAUAUGACAUAUGUAUACAAGGGAAUACCACUCAACCUUAAGAGAAACAGGAUUGUUUAACUAAACUGAGAUGGCACCAAACUGCCUUCUAAAUAUUCAUAUUUAUACCUUUGUACAAAUGACAGUCACCAUCAGAGAAGCUUCUCUUAGCAAUGAAUGGCUGUGAAUGCAGAGAAUCAUGGCUGGACAAGGUACUGAUGAUAAGUGACAAUUAAAUGCUCAUCUCUAGACAGAACAUUUAUACCACCCCCUCUAAAGCUCAGAGGACACUGUGGAAGAGGGUGCUGAAAGAAUGUAAGAGUUGGAAGAGAGGAAAAUGACAGUGGAAUGCUUUGUUCUGGGCAUGGCACAGCCAUCGCAACCAUGAUCACCAGGCUGCAGCUGCCUGCCCGGGGCCUGUCAGCUGGCAGUCAUAGGUUGGGUAGGGGCUCGUUGGGCCCUGCCAUUCCUUGCUGAACUGUUGACUAUGACAGAACUGGGGCCAGUCACUGUCUUCAGUUGUGUACUCACUGAUAAGCCCACUGGGCUCCAAUGGGUAGCCCCAAAACUAUGGGUGCCCAGAAGGCCACGGUCAAACUCAGUGGGUAACAGAACAAAAAGUCAUGAGUGUGGGGAAGUGACUGGCAGGGUUAACAGGGGUUAAAGGGUGAUCAAAGAGGGUGAGGUGAGAGAAACUGGAAUGUAUUAUAUCCAUGUAUGAAAUUGUCAAAGAACAAAUAAAAGUUCUCUUUAAAAGCAGGGAAUUCUAAUUUGUGACAACAUGGGUGAGUUUAGGGAUCAUUGUGUUAAGUGAAUAAUCAAACUACACAGAGAGAUGCUGUGGAUUAAUCCUUCUGUACACUGUGAAUAUGUAUUACUCUCAUUGGUUAAUAAAAAAACUGACAGGCCAGUAGCCAGGCAGGAAGUAUAGGUGGGACAGCCAGACACAGAGGAGUCUGGGAAGAGGAAGGGCGGAGUCAGGGGAGUCACCAGCCAGCCAUCUGCCGAGAAAGCAGGAUGUGUAGAACAUGAGGUAAUAAGCCAUGACCCAUGUGGCAAAGCAUGGAUAAGAAAUAUGGGUUAAUUUAAGUGUAAGAGUUAGCUAGUAAGAAGUCUGAGCUAUCAACCAAGCAUUUGUAAGUGGUUAUUUGGGAGCAGCAGUCCAGACAGGAAAACUCUGCCUACAGAGAGAACUAUUAAUCUAAUAUCUACAAAAAAUAACUGACAGUGGGAUGGUGUCUGCCAGGAGCUUGAGGGAGGUGGUAAGUAGAAAAGAGGAGUCCUUCCUCAGUGGUACAGGUUACAAGGAAUAAGUAUGUGUUCUGUCCCAGGCUAACUCACCAUAGUUAACAGUGACUAAGUAAGGAUUUUAAGUGUUCUCAUCACAAAGAAAUUGUAAAUAAUCUGAGGUGAUAGAUGCAAUUACUUUUAUUUGUUUAUUCUAUAAUGUGUGAAUGUAUUUAAAUAUCUUUUUUUUUCUUUCCAGACAGGGUCUAAUUAUGUAGCCCUGGUUAUCCUGGAACUCACUCUGUAGACCAGGCUGGCCUUGAACUCACAGAGAUCCACCUGCCUCUGCCUUCUGAGUGCUGGGAUUAAAGGCGUGCGCCACUAUGCUCAGCUAAAAGCCAUUUUUUUAAAAAUAAUUUUUAUGUCUAUGUGUGUGCUAGUAUGUGUGUGUACCACAUGUGUGCAAAGUGCCCUUAGAGGACAAACGAUGGCAUCAGAUCCCUUGGAGCUGGAGUCACCAAUUAUAAGCCACCUGAUGUGGGUGCUAAUAAUCAAACCUGGGUCCUCUGCAAAAUUAGAAAGUGCUCUUGGCUAUCUCUCUAGCCCCAGUCAUACUCAUUCUGAAUUUCAUAAAUACAUAUCAUUAUUUGCCAGUUAAAAAAUUAAAUAGAAAUAAUUUUUAAAAAUAAAAGAUCCUUUCUUUUCAAGUUGAAUAUUCUUCCAUACAGAGAGCAGAGAAGGAUCACCAAGCAUGAGUACUACUCUGUUAUGUCCACAAAUGGGCGGCUGUUUUCUUUACAUAAGGAGCAGUACAAAUACUGCAUGCGCCUGUCUCAGAUGUUGCUGUUUUAUUGUUGAGAUAGGGUCUGUAGUCCAGGCUGCUCUCCAAAUCCCUACAUAUCUGAGGAUGACUUUGAACUUCUGAUCUUCCUGCCUCUGCCUCCUCAGUACUAGAUUACAGGUGUGUACUAGGGCCCGAACCCAGGACCUUGUGUAUGCUAGGCACAUACUACUACCUAAUCUACAUCCCCAGUCUUUUUUUGUUUGUUUGUUUUGUUUUGUUUUUUGAGACAGGGUUUCUUUGGUAUCACUGUCUGUCCUAGAACUCGCUCUACAAACCAGGCUGGCCUUGAACUCACAGAGAUUUGCCUGCUUCUGCUUCCUGAGUGCUGGGAUCAAAGGCGUGCACCACCAGCGCCCAGUUAUCAUCCCCAGCUUUGAGUGUAUAUGUGUGUGUGUGUGUGUGUGUGUGUGUGUGUGUGUCCUGUAAUUCAUAGGAGAGAUGUUCUCCUUAUUUUAGUGUUUCAAUGUAAAAUGUGGCUUAAAAAGCAAAUUUGAGAAAAAUUCUGCUGAGGCUGUCAAGAUCAAUAGAAAGUCAAAAGCUGUUUGCUUAAUACUAACCACAGUUAUGAAAUCGGGGAUAAAAAGAUGCACUAACCCAAUUAUUGGCAGUAAAUAGGUCAGGCCACUUAAAACAGUGCCAAUGUACAAUAAGCACGGAAGUCCAAACCAAAACCAAAACAAAACAAAACCCCAUCAUUCAAUUAACAACCCUUUAUUAUUCAACGUAGGUAAACAAUCCAAAAUCAGUCCUUGUAGGUGGAUGAGAACAUUGACUAAAAUAGAAAAGGACAGUCUUACUUAGCAAAUGC